AUGGCUUUCGAGUAUCGAUCUCUUGAGGUGGCUUUUCCUGGCGAAAAGCCUACCCGUCUGUCAUCCGACUCUUCUUCGACAUUGCAAGCAAUUGACGACCUCGACUAUUUAUCAAGCGACUCGGACCCGUGCUACAAGUCUUCUCUCCGUGGAAUAGCUUCUAGAUGGGCUAGAUCUAAGUGGCUAUGGGCCGUUCAUGCCGCUCUAUUGUUUACUUCAUUCGGGAUGCUCGUCAUGACUAUACUCUUGCGAUCAUCAACUCUAUAUCACAUUCGGCAAAUCUCAGCUUGGUCGCCCGCCGAUGUAUCCGUCGAAUACAGCCAUGUUCGAUAUAACCUUACAACCAAAGGCAAUCCCUUCGUUGGCGCUGGGCCUGAGGUAGAUGAAGCCUGGAGAGAAAUCUCCUAUGACAUGGGUGACCAAUGGAUACCAAAGCACGACAUCUCGAGGUUGGAUAUGCCAGACACUUCACUCAAAGUCAAUCAUCCUGUCACUGGAGAAGAAGGCUAUAGAGUUGGUAUGGAAGUCUUCCAUCAUCUACACUGUUUAAACCUUUUGCGCCGGGUCACCUACAGGGAAUACUACGAACCACUUGGUGGAGAGUUCGGCCAUGGUCCAGAAGCCCUUCAAGCUCAUACAGAUCACUGUAUCGAAGUGCUGCGUCAAAACAUCCAAUGCAACGCAGACAUCGGCCUGUUUACUUUCUAUAUGAUCCCAGAUGACCCUCUCGCUUGGCCCGAGCUAAAUUCGAAGCACGUUUGUCGCAACUUUGACAAGGUGCGCGAGUGGGCGGUAGAUCACUCAGUAGGAAAUAUGGAGGUGUUGGAGCACUAG